GUCAUUAACCCUACUUGCAUGAUAUUUUAGGUAAUGAUUAAACAAAUUGGAUUUUAGAAAACAAGCAGGAAAGUACAGUCACUGUAACCUUGGCUAGGUUGUCGCCGUGCUAACUGGUUAGGAGUGGCAAUAUCCAUAGUCUGAAGGGUAAACCCCUCAAGCCUCCUUGUUUGCAAAACACAGAGUGGAGAUCAAGGCAGAGGGCCAAAUCAGAAUCCAUCAAAAUAGCUUGGCGAAGAAAUCUGCUUUUAAAGAGCUUACUGGACCAAUUGGUAAGAAAUUGAUCCGCAUGGCUACAACAAGAUUUUGGGGAGUGCUGGACCGUAUUUGCAGAAUCCUGGGGAUUGUAACUGCUGCAGUUCUUCUGGGAGUGGGGAUAGAUACUGCAGUUCAAGGGCAGUUCAUGAAACUGGCUGCUUACUUGCUAUUUGCUGCCACAGUCCUCAUCAUUUUGGAAAGCCCAUAUUUCAUUGGCAUUGUGUUUGUCCAACACUGUCCCAUGUUCUUUGAUAAAACGGAUGGCAAGAUUUGGAAUCUCUGGAAGAAGGCUAUGAGGCCUAAUGGUUUACAGAAAUUUCUUAUUUUCAUCUUUCUGUCCGUGGCUUGCUUCUUACACCCAAUUCUUAUUUGGCAUGCAACUAUUCCAGGCGCCAUGCUGAUAGUGAGUGGUCUUGCCUACUUUUUGUUGAACCUGAGGAAAAGGUAUCAUAAGGAUGUGCCCAACGUGCCAAACGCACAGGGAUGUUCCCGGGACUAUAUCAAUGCCGUGACCCUGACAGAUGCUGGGCAGAUGGAGCAAACGUACAGCUUCCAUCAUGGCACCACAAAGAAGAAGUUAGCUGUGGUCAGCUAUGUGCGUAACGUCUUUAGAGUCAACAGCAAAAGACCUCUCUCCAAUGAAAGUGUAAGGACGCUUCAAGAAAGUACUUUUGGUAACCUGAGCACGCAUACAAAGAACAAACACGCACUGUUUGAGGAAAGUAGUGUUAAAAUUAUCCCAUCUGAGCCUGACAGCCUGGAAGAGCAUGAAAUGGAAUCAGAAGAAACCACAUCUGACAAAGCAGCAAUUAUGCCAAAGUGAGGGUUUAUUCCACACCACUGUAUAUUCACAUCUCCAAAACACGGCCAUUAUGAUUGAAUAUGGACAUCAACUUUUAAUGACUUCAAAGCAUAAGCCAAAAGAAAGCUUUGCCUUUCUAUAGAGCCUUUCACAUAUCCAGGAUAUCUGAGAACAAUUCAUGGCCACUCAAUUACUUUUUGAGGUGUAGUCACUGUUGUUUUGAUGCCAAACACUGCCAUUUAUGCACAGCAAGCUCCCACAAUAAGAUAAGUUGGAAGUUAGUUUUUUUUUGUUGUGUUGUUUGGACAAUCAAUGGCUAGAUCACCAUGAGCAAACGCGCCAUUGGGAUCUUUUACGCUUAACUGAACAGUUCUGGAACUUCAGGUUAAUGCUUUAUUUGAUAGGCUCUGACAAUGCAAUGCUCCCUCAAUACUGCAGCCAAAUUCAGGAUUAGGGUUUGAAGCAUUACUUUCUGGCAUAGGGUGACAUUGACACUUAUAACUAAUGCCACUGGAUACUUAAUUGUAAAAACCAAGACUGUGUGCUUCACUAGGGACCUGAUUGUUGCAUCCCAACAGUGGGAUAGGGGGACAAUGGGGAAUGGUACCUAGUGAAAGCAAGGUACCUCUCUACAGGAAGGGGAGUAUGACAGUAGGAUUAUAAACGGAUGGUUGUAAUUCAUCUUUGUGUGACAAGUUCAGAAUCAGCAAUGCAUUCACGCAUUACAUUUGCACCGUGCAACAGGGAAGAAAAACAAAGGAAUUUCAUAACCACUAAUAUACAGCCUAUAAGGAGAGUAAUUGUCACAAUCUGCAAUGAAGUCAUAAGCACAUGAUUGUGGAAUGCAUUUACAAUCUCACCAUUUAUAAUGGCUAGAACACAUCUUUUCAUGUUCUUUGCUUACGUUUAUAACAUAAAGGAGAAAAUUUGAGGACAA